CCCACUAAAGCCAGCAGAUUGUCGAACAAGGUCAUCGGAUAUUACGAGUCUUGGAUGGCCCGAAAGGCCUGCCACAAAGUUGCUCCUACUGACCUGCCGUUGGAUGCACUUACGCACGUAAACUUUGCGUUUGCGUCUAUUGAUCCAGACUCCUACCAGAUCGUGACCAUGGACAGCGACACUCCCCCCAGUCUGUUUUCGGACACAACGAACUUGAAGUCCAUCAAGGAAGACAUCAAGGUCUUUGUGAGUGUUGGUGGCUGGACCUUCUCCGAUAAUGACACAGCAACACAGCCAGUUUUUGGUGACAUAGCUGCCAGUGCAACAAAUAGACAGAAAUUUGCCAACAACGUUGUUCACUUCAUGAAGCAAUAUGGUUUUGAUGGUAUUGACCUCGAUUGGGAAUACCCCGGUGCUGGCGACAGAGGCGGUAAGGUCGAAGACACCGCAAACUACGUCCUGCUUCUCAAGGCCCUGCGUGAGACAUUCGACGCCAGCGGAAGCGACUUCGGGCUUACCUUCACGGCUCCCUCGUCGUACUGGUAUCUCCGCUGGUUUGACCUCCCUGGUAUGCUCAAGUACGCGGACUGGAUUAACCUUAUGAGCUAUGAUCUCCACGGCGUGUGGGAUGCGACAAACCCAAUUGGAAGUAUUGUGCAGGCGCACACCAAUCUGACUGAGAUCAAACUUGCCACAUCUCUGUUCUGGCGGGCAAACGUUCCACCCGCAAAGCUGGUUAUGGGCUUUGGCUUUUAUGGCCGCUCGUUCACACUCGCUGAUACGAGUUGUACAACCCCCGGGUGUCCGUUUAAGGGUGCUUCGAAUCCGGGUCCUUGCUCUGACACAGGCGGUAUCCUUAGUUAUUAUGAGAUUAUGGACAUCCUUAGCGACACAAGCUCGACGAAGCGGUCGACGAUCACGCCCGUCCAUGACAAGGCGGGUGCGGUGAACUAUUUCACCUUCGACGAUGACCAGUGGAUCUCGUAUGAUGACAAGACGACGUUUGCACAGAAGCUUGAGUGGGCCAACGAGGUUGGUAUAGGAGGCUCCAUGAUCUGGGCUUCAGAUCUUGAUGAUGACAAGUACUCGGCUCACGCCGCAUUGACGGGCAAAACGAUCCAGACUAAUCCGACCCUCAAAGCCAUCAACAAGGCUUUGUCCAAUCCCAAGUCUGUUGUCGAAGACCUCUCCAGUUGGAACGGGCAAAAAUGUUUCAAAUACGAUGGUAAAUGCGUCAAUCUCAAUGAUAACAGUGCCAUGGCGAAGGCCUGUGGUUCUGGGUUCACGAUGGUUGGAUGGGACGAUGCAGGAUGCGGUUAA